AUGAACUUAGAGUUCUGUUUGCAGGAGACGUCUCGUGAGGCCAUGAUCCCGAUUCAACCUGGUUUCACUGAUGAUCCGGUGUUUCGGCAGAAGCAGCUCAGACAAGUUCAACGUAAGCAAUCGUUGGUUAUUAUUUGAACUGUUCAGAAUGUUUCAGAUGAUUGGCAGCUGUACGAACAGUACUGUCAAGAACAACGUCUGAAGGGACUUCGAGUCGAGCCGCCGCAGUUCAAUUCAUUUGGUACUCCUUCUGUUCCAUUCAUUUAGUCAACCAUCACUUUUCAGGCCACGUCAUCAACAAACCAAAGAGUGCUACUGGAUUCCCCCAGUCACUCCCACAAUCCGCAAAUACCGAAAGUGCUGAUCAUGAAAUCUUCACCCUCUGCUUUCCUCUGGCUGAUCCGAAUUCUCCUGGUCGCGAAUUGUUCAAUCAAAUCCGCGAGAUGCCAAAAAUUCCACAAAACUGCCAACCAAGGGUCAUCAUGCUCCUGUACGACACGAAAGGCGCCCAGUCGUCCACACGGACUAUCGGAACGUUCAAAGCUUCAUCCGUUCGAACUACCGAUGUAGCAGUCGGAGACUUUAGCGUUGUUCGCUACAACGCUGAAACCCAAACGGAAUGGUCGGCGGACAAGGAAACGGACGGAGUGUCUCGGCGUGAUAACGAAGGGCGUCAGUCUCUGCAUAACCCGAUUACGCAAACGGUGUCAAAAACGCCGAUGGCGUCAAAUAGUAAGUGCAAGGUGAGAUCAUGAUGUCUUCCGCAAACUGAAAAUUUGCAGUGAGCGAACCCGACGGGCCAGUGCUUAACAUGGCGCUGCAUAAAGUCUCCGACUGGCUGAGCACUCAGAAUGCACCCGGAGGUGAUCGGAAACCGUUCUUCGUCGGAUCACUGCAAUCAUUAGAAGCGAUGAUGAUGUGAGAAGCACACUCUGAUUCUGAAAAAUAAUGGACUUUCAGGGACAGUCCGGUACGACAAGGACUCGGGUUGCAUCAGGCAUCGAGAGCCGCCAGGAACAAAACCAACCAUGUGCCCUUUUUUGAAUGGUCAUCACAGGCCAACAGAUUUGUGCGCAGACAAGAUGCCGCUGUUCCAAUAAAGAUCGGUAAUAAAUCCUGUCGCUUUUCUAUUCCUUCCAUCUUCCUUUUUACCUCUUAACAACUGGUAAGGUCAUUCAUUUUUCAGUGCGACGACAUUCUCCAGUGGGAAUGAGUGUGAAUAGUUUCGCGGAGAAGAAUGAGAAAAACGGAGCAGAGGUGAUCAACGCGGGCACGGGGACCGACGGAGGCGACGUAGCGAGACGGGCGGCACCGACCAGCAACCCGACAGCUGCGGAGAGCUCUGGCCAAGCAGACAUUCAAGCGACAUGUGAUGAUCAAGGAAAUCGCGAGGGCAAGUGCACUUUGGGUGAAAAUCAAAACAUUUCGCGGAUGAUUUUCGAUCGCAUUUCGAAAAGUUGUUUGGUAAAGUGAGCGAAAGAGACAGGAGCGGCGGGGCGAUCGGAAGGGGAAAACAGAGAAUUCGCAGUCAAGUCCGAUGAAACCCUGGGGAAAAGAUAAUAGCAGAGAGAAUCGCAAAGUUGGUGUCGAAGGAAUUUCUGAACAGGGCUAUAAAAUACUUUGACAUUGUGAAUAAUGCCUGACAAACUAUUUACUUAAUAAUUUCAGGAUGUGAACCGGAUGUGGCAUCAGCAUCAUCAACGGCAUCCGUCGAUUCGGUAGAGUUAUUGAGAAGAUCCCUUUCUAAAUAA